ACGGUGGCGGCUCGCGCUUUGGAGGCACCGGGGCCUUGGGGGUCCCCGAGGCAGAGAGGCAGCCCUGGCAAGAGGCCUGACGACUAGUUGGGGAGCGCCCCCGGCCGGGCGCCACCCGCGCCGCCAAUGCCACCGGCGCUAGCUGGGCUACGGGAAGCUAGUCCCGAGCGGAGGAAUCUAUUGUUAUUUAUUGUGUGGCGGUCGCACGCCGUACUCGCAGCGGCCGGUCCCUAGCCCGCGAGUGCGUGUGUGCGCGCGAGUGAGUGUGUGCGCGGGGGUGCGCGCGCGGGCGGGAGUGGGCACGCGCGGGGAAAAGCCCGAAAACACCUUAGUUUGCACCGAGAGACCAUUUGCAGCGGUUUUCCCCAACCUGCACUGGGAAGACUUGCUGAAGGUCGCCCCGGUUUCUUGUCGACGGCAGAACCCGAAAGUUUGCCAGAGGAAGAGAGCGCGCUGCUAGCAAGCGGGCCAGGAACUGAGGAGCGGCGCCGGGGACCAUGGUACUGCCCGCGCCACCUCCGCGGGCGUGAAGGCGGAGCUCCCACUCCCUCCCUGGACUCGGCGGGGUAAGAAGUGACCUUUUGAGAAGUGACUGUAACUGAAGAUUGCUUUACAGAAGCCAAAAAAGGUUUUUGAGUCAUGAUGCAAGAAUCUGGGCCUGAGACAAAAAGUAAUGGGUCAGCCAUCCAGAAUGGGUCAAGCAGCAGCAGCCACUUACUAGAGUGUGGCAGUCUUCGGGAAGUGCGGUCCAACGGGGAAGCACCGGCCUCGGAUGUGGGGUCUGCCGAUCUGGCCCACGUGCAGCAGCAGCAGGCUCUUCAAGUGGCAAGACAGCUCCUUCUUCAACAGCAACAGCAGCAGCAAGUUAGUGGAUUAAAAUCUCCCAAGAGGAAUGACAAACAGCCAGCCCUUCAGAUGAGGAAAGUGGGGUAUAGAGAAGUUAACUUGCCCAGGGCCAAAGGGCUGGUGCCCGUGUCAGUGGCUAUGAUGACACCUCAAGUCAUCACUCCCCAGCAAAUGCAGCAGAUCCUCCAGCAACAAGUGCUGAGCCCUCAGCAGCUCCAGGUUCUCCUGCAGCAGCAGCAGGCCCUCAUGCUUCAACAGCAGCAGCUUCAAGAGUUUUAUAAAAAACAACAGGAGCAGUUGCAGCUUCAACUUUUACAACAACAACAUGCUGGAAAACAGCCUAAAGAGUUGCAGCAGGUGGCUCCCCAGCAGCUGGCUUUCCAGCAGCAGCUCUUGCAGAUGCAGCAGCUCCAACAGCAGCACCUCCUGUCCCUGCAGCGCCAAGGCCUCCUCACACUGCAGCCGGGCCAGCCCUCACUGCCCCUCCAGCCCCUUGCUCAAGGCAUGAUUCCAACUGAACUGCAGCAGCUCUGGAAAGAAGUGACGAGUGCUCAUACUGCAGAAGAAACCACAGGCAACAAUCACAGCAGUUUGGAUCUGACCACGACAUGUGUCUCUUCCUCUGCCCCUUCCAAAACCUCCUUAAUAAUGAACCCACAUGCCUCUACCAAUGGACAGCUCUCAGUCCACACCCCCAAAAGGGAAAGUUUGUCCCAUGAGGAGCACCCCCAUAGCCACCCUCUCUAUGGACAUGGUGUAUGCAAGUGGCCAGGCUGUGAAGCAGUGUGUGAAGAUUUCCAAUCAUUUCUAAAACAUCUCAACAGUGAGCAUGCGCUGGACGAUAGAAGUACAGCUCAAUGUAGAGUACAAAUGCAGGUUGUUCAGCAGUUAGAGCUACAGCUUGCAAAAGACAAAGAACGCCUGCAAGCCAUGAUGACCCACCUGCAUGUGAAGUCUACAGAACCCAAAGCUGCCCCUCAGCCCCUGAAUCUGGUAUCGAGUGUCACACUCUCUAAAUCUGCAUCAGAGGCUUCUCCACAGAGCUUACCUCAUACUCCAACUACCCCAACUGCCCCCAUCACUCCCAACACCCAAGGACCCUCCGUCAUCACCACCACCAGUAUGCACACGGUGGGACCCAUCCGCAGGCGGUACUCAGACAAAUACAAUGUGCCCAUUUCUUCAGCAGAUAUUGCGCAGAACCAAGAAUUUUAUAAGAAUGCAGAAGUUAGACCACCAUUUACAUAUGCAUCCUUAAUUAGGCAGGCCAUUCUUGAAUCUCCAGAAAAGCAGCUAACACUAAAUGAAAUCUAUAACUGGUUCACACGAAUGUUUGCUUACUUUCGACGUAAUGCGGCCACGUGGAAGAAUGCAGUGCGUCAUAAUCUUAGUCUUCACAAGUGUUUUGUGCGAGUAGAAAACGUUAAAGGGGCAGUAUGGACAGUGGAUGAAGUAGAGUUCCAAAAACGAAGGCCACAAAAGAUCAGUGGUAAUCCUUCCCUCAUUAAAAACAUGCAGAGCAGCCACGCCUACUGCACACCUCUCAAUGCAGCUUUACAGGCUUCGAUGGCUGAGAAUAGUAUACCUCUAUACACUACCGCUUCCAUGGGAAAUCCCACUCUGGGCAACUUAGCCAGCACCAUGCGGGAAGAGCUGAAUGGGGCAAUGGAGCAUACCAACAGCAACGAGAGCGACAGCAGCCCAGGCAGAUCCCCUGUGCAAUCUGGGCACCCUGUGCACGUCAAAGAAGAGCCCCUCGAUCCAGAGGAGGCUGAAGGGCCUCUAUCCUUAGUGACAACAGCCAACCACAGUCCAGAUUUUGACCACGACAGAGAUUAUGAAGAUGAACCAGUAAAUGAGGACAUGGAGUGAACGUCUGGGCGGGCCAAUCCCAAGAAUAAAGAUUGGGAAAAAGCAAAACAAAACAUCAAAAGUUAACAGUGAAAUUGUUCUCCAUUUGUUGUACAGUCUGGAGGAGUUUCACUACAUUUUGACAACUCUGAAAUGUGUUAACUCUUAGUGCCAUCAAGAAUCCCAUUUGGGAGUAUUUUUGAUUUUUCUACUUUUUGUUGAAAAAAGGAAUUUGUACUCUGUGCAUUGGAUGGACUUGUUUGGUACUUGGGAUUUUCCUCUCUUAGCCGUCAACAUCUGUUGUAAAUUUGCUAAACUGAUUCACUUUUAGCAGCAGACUUUGAACUGCAGUCCUGCCGACGUUGGAGCCCGAGGAUUCCCAACUGAGCAUGUGCACCUACACUGCAGACCAAGCCUCUGCCCAGAAUUUAAGGAUUCCAGUGGACAACCUAUUUGCACAGUACUGCAUGUUGAUUAUCACUGCCUUUUACACUUUUUUUUUUUUUGCUUCCAGUUGGGAUGGGGAAGGCCUUUGUGUGUGUGUAUUGGGGGAGGGGUUAAAAAUAAUUAUCCCAAACUUUUUAAUGUAUUGCUUUUUUUUUUCCUUGCUUCUACUAUACUGUUUUAAGUUCUGACCUCAGGCCUCCACUUGGGCCCAUGGCCUCCUGGAGGCUUAAAGUUUUCUGUACCUUGUAAUGAAUGUUAAUAGGUAUUUUUAUUAUACAAAGCUGAAUGUCAUUUCUUGUUUGUAGUUUUCUGUCCCUCAUUCCAUUUUCCUUCAGACAUCACCACAUUUUCUCUAAAGCCGGCAGACAUUCCGUUUUGGUCUUUUUCAAAAAGGUCCCAAAUGUUGCACUCUACACAUGAAGGUCCUCUCACACAGAUGUGAAGUCCUACUAGAAAGAGAAUGAAUGACAGAAAAAAGAUAUAGACACACUCUAGGAGCAAUACAGAAUCAUUCUACAGGGCAAAAGGGGUUGUUUCAGAUUUUCCUCUUUUUUUUGCAACUACCAUCAUUCUUAAUAAAUGCCACAACAUCUUACCAGCAGUAGGAACAAUAGGCAGCACCCUCGGAAAAAAAUCUCAUAAUUGUUAGACUGACAGUCUGGCUGUGGAAGGCUCACCUUCGUGGAAUCAAGUUGUAAUGAGCCAUGUUAAACCAGUGUGGGUUGCUUUGUUUGCAAAAUGACCAAAAAGCUGGCUUCCCUGAGAAACUUUGCUGAAAGAGGUGGUGUUGGUGGUAGUGGUGGUACUGAAUUUAAACAUCAGUUCAGACCUGCUUGGUGGCAUUAAUCUGUUUGAAUGCAAAUAGAGUUCAGUUUGAACUUGUUGAGACAGUGAAUGAAGGCAGUUCAGCAAAUGCUAAAGUAUUCAUGUCAUAUGUGCACAUUUGCUACUGCAGUUUUCAGUUUGUUAUGCAAUAUGAUCACACCAACCCAGUAUCAAAAGCUAACAGAAGACAUUAACUGGAUGGGGUGCAUCUCAACCCUGGGCUUUUCAGGAAAUGAACAUGCAGGAUGUGACAGUCAUUGUCAGCACAACCUCCGUCCUAAGAACCCUGGACACUUCCAUGCUGCAGCCACUCUCCUGUCACUCAUUUAUUUAUCUAGGACUGUGGCUCUUGCUUUUAAUUUGAGAGCCCUUUGGAGCUUUAUUUAUAUUUUUUGUACCUUAUUUUUUCUAAAAUUACCAAAGAUGUUACACAAAGGUAAAUUAUGUUCUCUGUUUUAUGCUUUAUCUGAUGAAGCCAAAUAUCCUCUUAUUGUUGAUCAAAGGAGGCAAAAGAAUUUAGAGGCAAUUGAUGAGAUACAGGCUAUUGCUAACCUGAGGAAGAGAACGAACUGCUCCUUCAUCAUAAAUUUAGAAGACCAAGUAGGUAAUGGAACCAAAGUUGUUACUUUUUUUAGUUGUUGGUUUUUUCUCUUCUGUACCCCUGAAGAUCCUAAAACUCAUUCUUGUAAAGAGAUAUUACGGGGCUACUGAAGAUGAAAAUAGAACAUUGUAUUAAAGGAGCAAAUGAAGGAAAGGAGUCCCGUCUCAAAGAAAAAUAUGAAUGUAUGUCCCUGAAAAUUAGGGGGUGUCCAGUAAAGGAGACAAGAUAAAAUUCAGAGAGAAGAGAAAAGCUUCCACAGUGGAAAUAGACCACAUAAAAUUACUUCUAGAAUACAUUUUUCUUAAAAAGAAAGAUCGUAUGCCACUUUUGUUUAAGGCCUGUGCUGUAAUCACUGCAUUGAUUUUGGUUUAUCUUGUCAUAUAGCCUCCAGUUUUUUUAUUUUAAAUUUUUCCUUCCUUUUUUUCUGAUUAAAUUUUGGUCAGCAUUUUUUAUUUAAAAAAGAAGUAACACUCCUGUCCACUCGUAAGCUUGGUACAAAAACUUUUUUGGCAGUUAACUUUUGAAGAAGCUUCACUCUGCUUUCUGUAUAAAGGGCAGUCUGUGGUCACUCGAGACUUGUUUUUAACUUUUGCAGGCAGCUUCAUGAUGUGCAGGCAGUAGCCAGACAGGGUCAUGGGAAGGGGGCCCUGUGCUUCUAAAUUGAGUGGUUGCUGGUUAGUUUGAUAUUCAAAAGAGGAUAAAAAUCUGGUAGAUUAGUUCAUUCUCAGCAUGUGUAGCUAGACAUGAGUAAAGAUAACAGCAUGAGAAACUGUUAGUACGCAUACCUCAGUUCAAACCUUUAGGGAAUGAUUAAAAUAAAAAAAAUACAUUUCACUCAGUUGCACUUAGUUGUAUGUCUUGCAUGAUUAGUCUAAAGACUGUAGCAAAAGGAAAAAAAAUUAGAUUUUACUUAUCUUUGCAGGUAUCACAGCCUUGCAGAAGAACCAACUGAAAAAACAAUUCUCAGACUUUACAGCUAGCAAACUUCAUAUGAUUUUUAAAAUUCUGAUUCUGUAUCCCUUGGGGCUAUCAGUCGCUUCUUUAGGAUGGGGUUUAUUAUGUUGUACAUAUAUCCCAAUGUGUCUGUGUGAACUUGUCUUUUUAGGGGGAGGGAGGAGGGCAGUUCUUUUUUUAGAUAUUGUUCCUAAGAAGGAAUAAAUGCAUACACCUGUUUGUCAAAAUACCUUUGCUUUUUGUGCAACUGCUUUAUAUUAAUGAUACUUAAAAAUAGCUUUGGGAAAAAAACUACUGUAUGUAAUGGAUUUGCAGAAUAUGCUGCACAUGUAUUAUUUAGUUAUCCUUGCUUUAAGAAUAUUGGAUGACAUUUCCUGACGUGGGAGGGAAAUUUUCCCUUUUUUUUUUUUUUUUUUUGCUUUUAAAUUGUAACAUAGUUGACAGACUUUUUUCCCCUCUUCUCAUUGAUUAGAGCAUUUUGUACAGGUUUUAUGUGUGUGUGCGUGCAUGUGUGUUAACGUUUUUUAAUACAUUCCUAUCCAUUGUGUUUAUCCUACCACUGCUUUCCUGGCUAUCUUAAAGAGUUCAUACAUCUAAAAAGAUAAAAAGAAAUGUUUCCUCCUGCCGCAGUAAAUAUUUUGCAUGAUGAAAUUGCAGGGUCACACUUUCCAAGUUCAUCAGUGAAGUAGUGAUUAAUGAUGGGGCGUGUCGAAGCUAUGGAACUUUUUGUAUUAAAAAAAAGAAAACUGUACAAGGUGCCAAGAUGUAAACACAGUCUGUUACCUUUUGUUUUCCCAAACAAAAGCAUAUAUUAGGGAGAUAGUCCCUUGUUUCAGGCAAAUGCACUGUCAGGAAUGAGGAUUCAUCCCACUGGUCCCUAGAGUCUGUCCUGGUAAGACGAGUUAUGCUGCCUGGUUUGAACCAGCAGCGCAAUGAAAUAUCAAGGCUUGUGUCCUGGAUGUGUGACCACCAGCCUGCACCUUCAGACAGCUCUCACUGUUCCCAGGAUUCUAUCAGACCUACUUGGUAAAGAACAACUUGGAUUCUUAACCCAGAAAUAUGAUGUUAAUUACUAGCUAUUUUAUCAUGAAAAAAAGUUAAAUAUUUCCUCUCCUUUCCACAUUCCAGCUGAGCUCCAUUUCCAAGGGUACAAAGAACAUACUUAUAAGGAGUUUGAAUAUUUUUGGUACCUUUGGUUAAUGGUGUACCCUUUUGAUAUUUUGGAUGUUUUUGAGAGUUGGUUUCACUUUUUUAUCCUGAGAAUGAGACUUGUAAUUCUACAGGCAUUUUGUGGGCCCAGUGUAGUUCACACGGCCUCUGCCACCCAGGAGCCUUGGUGAAGAUGGUACAGUGCGGACCGCGCUCACGGUGCUUCACAGAUGUGUGCUGCCAGUAAUAAAAACCUUUUGUUUUGUUUUGUUUUGUUUUGUUUUGAUAAGGCAUAAAAGAAACUCAUUCCUUGACAUCAAGUGUAAUUCCAUCAUUCCGUGUCUGUGAAUACAGACAAUAAAAAAAAUGUUGUGUAGUCAGUACUAAUUACUGACAUUAUAGCAUUCUCAAAUGCAAUAAAAAUGCUGGUUGUUCACACUGGUAGUA